GUCGGACAGCUUGGAGAGCCGUGGCUGUGCUCUGAGCAGGGUGAGGGCUGACAUGGCUGUCCUCCAUGUUUUUAUAAGCAUUGACAUAUCACACAGAGUUUGUAGCCAUGCAUCCACAGAGUGUGGCAGAGGAAGAGGAGAAAACUGAGAUUACAACAGAAGAAAUGGAGAUCUCAACAAGAUCCAAAGUUUCAGACACGGGGUCAACGGAACGAAUGACCCAAAAGCGAAAGAUAUCGAGUCCCUCUCACUCAUCUAAUAGUCACUCCUCUGCUGAAACUUCCCCCUGCCCAACGAAAAAGAAGAAGAAACCCGGUGCUGUUAGCAGUAGCAAAGACCAGUCAGAACUAAGACAUGGUCCCUUUUACUAUGUGAAGCAGCCUGCGCUCACCACAGACCCUGUUGAUGUUGUACCGCAGGAUGGCAGGAAUGACUUCUACUGCUGGCUGUGCCACCGUGAGGGCCAGGUGCUCUGCUGUGAGCUCUGCCCCAGGGUGUACCACGCCAAGUGCCUCAAACUACCAGCAGAGCCCGAGGGCGACUGGUUCUGUCCAGAGUGUGAGAAAAUAACAGUUGCUGAGUGUAUAGAGACUCAGAGCAAAGCCAUGAUGAUGCUAACUAUAGAGCAGCUGUCAUACCUACUAAAGUUUGCCCUUCAGAAGAUGAAACAGCCAGGUACCGAACCCUUCCAGAAACCUGUCUCUCUUGAACAGCAUCCAGAUUAUGCUGAGUACAUCUUUCACGCGAUGGAUCUUUGCACACUUGAGAAGAAUAUUAAAAAGAAAAUGUAUGGCUGCACUGAGGCCUUCUUGGCAGAUGCAAAAUGGAUUUUGCACAACUGUAUUAUAUACAAUGGAGGCAAUCACAAACUCACGGCUACAGCUAAAGUGAUAGUAAAAAUCUGUGAACAUGAGAUGAACGAGAUUGAAGUUUGUCCCGAGUGUUACCUGUCUGCUUGCCAAAAGAGAGACAACUGGUUCUGUGAGCCUUGUAGUAAUCCACACCCUCUAGUGUGGGCCAAACUGAAAGGAUUUCCCUUCUGGCCUGCUAAAGCUCUGCGGGAUAAAGAUGGACAAGUAGAUGCUCGCUUUUUUGGUCAGCAUGACAGGGCUUGGGUUCCUUUAAACAAUUGCUACCUCAUGUCCAAAGAGAUUCCAUUUUCUGUAAAGAAGACCAAGAGCAUCUUCAACAGUGCCAUGCAAGAGAUGGAGGUCUAUGUGGAGAACAUGAGGAAGAAGUUUGGAGUGUUUAACUAUGCCUCCUUCAGGACACCAUACACUCCUGACAACAACUUCCAGAUGCUGCUGGAUCCCUCCAACCCCUCAUCCACGCCGAUCAAAUCUGAGAAACAGGAGAAAAUCAAGCUGAGCUUUGAUAUGACGGCAUCACCCAAAAUCCCUGUAGCCAGGACUAUGCUGUCUGCUGGAGUAGGAGGGAGCACAGCAGGCCGGCGGCUCCCCCUCACUGAUAUGCCUCGCUCUCCCAUGAGCACCAACUCCUCUGCCCAUACUGGUUCGGAUGGGGAGCAGGAGACAGUGGACAAGUCCCAGACCAAAGCUCCAAACAGCCAAUACAGUACAGGAGAAGAGUCCAUGGACUGUACAGCAUCACCUGCCCAUCCUCGACCAUGUCCUGCAGGGAGUUCCUUGGAGAGCCCUAAACCAUUCCACUCUCAAGCUCCUGGUGCCCUCAAGCAGGAGAAGACGCCACCGACAGGAAGCAUUCUGAACCUCAAUCUAGAUCGGAGUAAAGCAGAAAUGGACCUAAAGGAGCUGAGUGAAACGGUUCAGCAGAAACAAGGAGCCACACCAGUCCUCACCUCUCCAAAAAGACAGAUCAAGAGCCGCUUUCAGCUGAACUUGGACAAAACCAUUGAGAGUUGCAAGGCACAACUGGGUAUAGAUGAGAUCUCUGUUGAUGUGUAUAAAGGUGUGGAGCACAGUGACUCAGAAGACUCUGAUAAAUCUGACUCCAGUGACAGUGAGUAUGCCAGUGAUGAGGAGCAAAAGACCAAGGAUGGUCAGGAUGCAGCAUCCAAUAACGAAGCCCAGAAGGAGCCUACCAAAUGUAAAGUCAAAGACCAAACUUCGUUGAGCCAAGAUAAGGAGGGUAAAGCCGAUUCGCUCGUGGCAUCAGAGACUGCAGCAGGCGACACCGCUGCAACAGCAUCAGGUGCUCCAACUAAAGAGAAAACAAACACAGAUUCUGAAAAAGAGAGCCCAGAGAAGAGCAAAGCACCUGCAUUAUCACCUGGUGUCAGGGAGAAGGCACUGGUGAAAGAAGAGGCAAAGCAGCCUGUGCCGGUGGAGGACUCAGACUCAGAGAGAGAGCUGGUUAUUGACCUUGGAGAGGAACAGGGAGGCAAGGACAGGAAGAGGAGCAGGAAAGACAACACUACUGCUAAAGAGUCAUCUGCUGGUAAACCUGAAGGUAAAGCCUUGACCCCAUCGACACCGUCUCAAAACAGUACAGCUCCCUCUACACCCUCCAGUGUUUCCACACAGUCCCCUAUGGCCAUUCCUGUCACCAUGGUCUCCUUCACUGCUCCCUCACCCGCAAACAUAAGCCUUGCAACUGUGUCCAGUGCCACUGCAACACCCCCUUCUUCGUCCUCUUCCUCCUCCUCCUCCUCCUCAGUAUCCACCACACCACCUUUGAAGAAACAGCGUCCUCUGCUGCCCAGAGAGGCGGCGCCGGUGGUGCAGAGAGCUGUGGUGUGGAAUCCCACAGCGAAAUUUCAGACCUCCUCUCAGAAGUGGCACCUGCAGAAGGUGCAGCGUCAACAACAGAACCAGCAACCUGUGGCGACCGCACAGGUGCAGGCGUCGUCUCCCAAGCAAGGCCAGGCUCAAACGUUGACCCAGAAACAGGCCACUGGGAACGGCUCCACAACAGUAUCCUCAUCUUCAGCACAGCAGUCUUCACAAAGCACACGCUACCAGACCAGACAGGCUGUGAAAGCUGUUCAACAAAAAGACACUCCACUCAGCACAUCCACCUCGGCUGUCACCCUGGUUACCAGUAGUCCAGCUUCGGUUGCCAUGAUCGCAGCAUCAAGUUUAGGCUCAGCUGCUACAUCUUCCCCAGUGGCAACAGACCUGUAUAUCCCCACUGCAUCAGCGGAUGUAGCUGCAGACAUUGCCAAGUACACAAAUAAAAUAAUGGAUGCAAUCAAAGGUACAAUGACUGAAAUCUACAAUGACCUUUCUAAGAGUACUUCAGGGAAUACAAUAGCAGAGAUAAGACGACUGAGAAUUGAAAUAGAAAAGCUACAGUGGCUGCAUCAACAAGAGUUGUCAGAAAUGAAGCACAAUCUUGAGCUGACAAUGGCAGAGAUGAGGCAAAGUCUGGAACAAGAGAGAGAGAGGUUGGUGACUGAGGUGAAGAAGCAGAUGGAGCUUGAGAAGCAGCAAGCAGUGGAUGAGACAAAGAAGAAACAGUGGUGUGCUAACUGCAGGAAAGAGGCCAUCUUCUACUGCUGCUGGAACACCAGCUACUGUGAUUACCCCUGUCAGCAAGCCCACUGGCCAGAACACAUGAAGUCCUGCACUCAGUCAGCCACAGCCCCACAACAAGAACCUGAGGCUGAGUCGACAGCAGACCUCCCGAACAAAGGUUUAGCGCAGACUAACAGUGGCCCGAACUCUCUGAGAGACACGCCAGUCUCUGCACCAUCAGACAAAGACUGUGACAUGGAGAAGAGCACUGACAACGUUGCUGUCACUUUGUCCUAAACAAGCUUAUCAUACUUGAAAAUGUAAAUGUGUAUAUAUCCCCCCCCCCCCCUAUAUAGAUAUGUCAAUGUAAAUUUCUAUGUUCAAGUGGCUGUUAAGGAAGCAAUUUAAAUUAUUUUUAUUUAUAUAUUUUUGUUUGCCUUUGUUCACAUACUGCCCCCAGUGCUCAGUGGUCUUUACAUUUUGAAUGUGGAAUCAAGACUGACAGCAGAUAGUUGAUAACCACUAGAGGGGGCCGUUUCAAAGAUGUAUACUGCAUAUUAAUACACUCCUUUGCAGUCUAUAGAGAGCUGUCAGUAUAAAGAUCUAAAGAGCAUGCCUGAUUGUCACAAAUCAUACACACAGUGUAAAGGACAACAGUUUAAGACUGCAACAAUGUAACCCAUGGUAAUGGACCACCCAGAUUUAGAUUAGACUGUUGACAGAAAUGUCUGUAAAUUCAUUAUUUUGUAUUCUAUGUUAAUUUAUUUGUUAUUCUAUUGUUGCCUGCUGUAUACUGCAAAGAAACUAACAAAUACAAACAUUUUAAACAAACUU